AUGGUGGAUGUAUUUGCACGAGCAUCUCUUUGUUAUUUAACAAAUCGUUGUGAUGAAGGUUUUCGACUGGUCUAUGAUUCUCUGCGAAUAUCUAGUGAGAAAAUUUCUUUGAAUUGGGAAGAACAAGAAGUUUUUUGUUUCCUAUCGAUGAAUCUUCUUGAAAAACGAUAUCAAUCUUGGCUAAAACUCACACAUCUUUUGACGAAAUCAACUGGCUUCGUAGAACAUCAAUCAAUUGAAAGUUACAUCGAAACUAUUCGUAAUGAAAUGAUCCUUUAUUCUGAUCAAAUAUUCGAUUUAGUUCAAAACCAUUUCCUCGUUACAUCCAAGCAGGAAUCCAUAUUUUAUCUCAACCUUCAAGGCGACAUUCAUUUCUAUCUUAGUCAAAUAUCAAAGUUCAAUACUAAACUUCAGCAUUUCCAUUCUUCGCUUCGAUUCUAUAAUCGAUCGUUGCAAAUCUCUCCUGAAAAUAUCUCUGCUGUCUACAACAAAGCAUUGUUAUUUAUUCUUAUCACAGAAGAAUACGAUCGAGCACGAGAUCUUUUAACAAACACCAUCGAUGAAUUCGAGAAAAAACAAAUCCCCAAUGGAGAACUUCGAUCCUUACAAAACUAUCUACAAAAUAAACUACUUGAUUUCCAUUUCGUCGAACCGAGCACAAUCGUCAAACAGAAUAAUCAUCAAACAAACCGAUAA